AUGAAUUUCAAUGGGCUGUCCUGGCCUACGAAGCACCUUCACACGAGCACUAGAGACGGAUCAACAUGGGGCUAUGUCAUCUAUCGCACCACAUAUACUCCCCAAUCCAACGUCGCAUUCCUCCGAAUCAUCGAUCUUCUCAACUCCUACAUGAAACAUGGAUUAUACUCUGAAUGUGUCUCCUCAGGAAGCAAUCCCCAAACAAAUACAGAGCUCGCUUCAUAUCACGAGAUCUGGGCUCAGCACCGUCCAAUCAUUAUGAACCAUCCAAAAUUUGAUGGAGCAUCAAUAGACUCGAUUCGAGCUCAUUUCCAACGCUGGGCUGAUUUGCAGGAGGAUCAAGGUCUCUCGAUUCAGUACCGCAUGUGUAUGAUGAUCGACGAAGAGUCUUUACAGACAUUGCUGGAUGCUCCGCCGCCGCAGGAGUGCUUGGAUGAAAAGAUCAUCAAUCCGAUGCGACAUGUGAAAGUUGUACCACUACUUUCGGAUAGCGAUGAUGAAUUUGAUGGUUUUAUGGGUGGAUAG